UGCGGUCGUUAAUGUCUUAUAUCAAAUCUUCGCAUCCUACAAUUAAUAACUUAAAAAAAUUAUAUGAAAUGAAAGUGGAAAAAAAUGGAAUCUCCCUAACCAUGCUUGCAGCAGAUGAUCAAAUAGUUCAUCAAAAAUGUCCAGAUGAACAUGAUCAUGCUAAUAUUGAUGAUACAAUGGUUCUUUUAGAACCAAUUGAAUGUGCUACUAGACUUCUUUCUGCCUCGAGUUAUCCAACGCAUGGUGAUGUUCGAUUUGUUUUUCUUGGUAUCCAAGAUCAUUUGUCAAGAUAUAAGGAUGAUACCAAUUUCUCUCAAAAACAAGUAGCAAAUGCGAUUUAUCAAAAAUUAGAUA